AUGACCAUCAAAAAUUUUUCAAUUGAAUAUGACUCCAUCAACAGCCAAAACACCUUCACAAACGGAGAUACAAUCAAUGGAAGGAUAAUCAUAGAGGUCUCAACACAAACUUCAAUCCAAUCGUUAAUUUUCAUUGGGAAAGGAAGUGCAAAGGUUGGCUGGCAUGAAUAUUAUGGAAUGUAUAACCAUUGUUACUACUGGUCUGACGAGAAAUAUUAUGAGAUCAAGCAACGUAUCUUGAGAGCUGGUACUGAAUGUAUAAACAAAGGAAGACAUGUUUUCCCCUUUUCAUUCAAUAUCCCUAACAGGAAAAUGCCGUCGUCAUUCAAGUCACCUACAGGUAGAAUUGUUCAUAAACUCAAAGCGGAGCUCAAACAAUCAAUGAAGCUGACAAAAAAAGCAAAAGCCCACUUUACAUUUAUCUCCAAAGCAGACAUGAAUAUACCUGGACUCAUGGAACCUCAGCAUGGUUGCACGGAUAAAAAACUCAAAGUCUUUGGUUCUGGAACCAUUGCAAUGAAGAUUUACACCAAAAAAAUGGGAUACCAACAAGGUGAAGCUCUCCAAGUCAAAGUUGAAAUUCAUAACAAGUCAUCCCGUUCCUUGAAGCCCAAAUUUGUAUUGUAUGAAAAGCAGAGUUUCUUUGCUCAAGGUCACAGGAAACUUUGCACACAGGAUAUUCUCAAAGAGAGACUUGAGACAAUUGAACCCGAUCAAAAAGAGAUUGUGAAGAAGGUGAUCCCAAUCCCAAGGAAUUUGCCUUCCUCUAUUCUAAACUCUGCAAUUAUCAAGCUGGAAUACAGGCUGAAGAUCUUUCUGGAUGUGAAAUAUGUUCUAAACCCAGAAGUUAAACUUCCAAUAGUUGUCCUACCUGCCUUUGAGGGUCCAACGGGAAGACAGCCUCCACGUCAUGCUGCUUAUGGAUUUGAAGAAUUUGGGUAUUCAAAUCAACAGAACUGGGGCAACGAUGCACAAAAUUUAGAUCUCCCUCCACCGUAUGAAGCACACAAGUGGUACCCAACUUUAAGUUGA